UUCUUGAUCUUCCUAUCAUUCCAUUUGACUGUACAUUUUUCUCUUCCACCAUUCUCUCUCUUCUUUGAAGCCAUAGUUGCCAAUGCUAUAAGCUACAGUGUGAAAACAACAAAGAAGAGAAGAAAAGGGUUGGUUGGUUUUGGAGAGUAAUGAGAGAGUGAGACAAAAAGACACAACAGCACAUGGAAGAAGCAGAGAAGGAGUUAGAGAGAAGAAGCAAGUUUCUAAACAGUUUGAUACAGAAAAAGAAGAACAAAGUAACAGAACAACAACAAGAACAAGUGAAAGAACAGCAUGAUAAUGAUAUUAAACUCAAAAACAUUCAUGUAAGAGCUUGUGACAUGUCUCUUCCUUUGCAAAAACAUGCCUUCCAAUGUGCAUGUAACCAUCUUGAUUCUAUGCCUUCCAAGAAGAUUGACAGUAAACACUUGGCACUUUCCCUUAAAAAGGAAUUUGAUUCUUCUUAUGGCCCAGCUUGGCACUGCAUUGUUGGUACUAGUUUUGGUUCCUAUGUUACACAUUCUGUUGGUGGCUUUUUGUACUUUUCCAUUGAUAAGGUUCAUAUCCUUCUCUUCAAGACAGUUGUUGAACCAUUGAACCAUUCAUAACUUCCACAUCUAUAAAUUAUGCCUCCUUGGGGAAAUUAAUUUCAAAUAUUUAAAACCAGAUGAUAUGUAAAAUUAUAGAUUGAGAUAUUUAAUGAUACUUUAUAUUUUGUGAUGUACUUGAUGCAAUUAUAUUUAAAUUUUUUGUCUGUGGGAGAGCACUUCAAAUGCAAAA